UACAAAUAUUCAAGACACUCAUUUUUAUACGAGUCUUGAUGGCUGGGAACACCAUGUCGCAUUGAAGUACCUUACCCUCCCAAUGGAAAACGACAUCGAUCUCCAACAGCCCGACGAGGCGCGACCGGCGAAGCGCGCACGACUCGACGCUCCCCUGCACAUCACGGAGGAGGUCCAAGAGGAAAUUAUGGACGAUGAUGACUGGGAUGAUGUGUACGGGCUGAGUGCUCAGGGCGCACAAGACUCGGGGGAUGGAGAAGCACCACAUCUGAACGGAUCAGCCCUUCUUGUGCCGAAUCAAGAGCAGUUUACGCCAGAUGCGAAUGCGACGGAGAAUGGCGACGUUGAUGUAGUCGACGAUAUACCAUCCGAAGCUAUCGAACAUGGCAAUGACCUCGUCACGGAGGAACAUCACAUCGAUGCCACAGAUCCUCUGUCCGCGCAAGUCAUGCAGGAAACCACGCAGGUAGAGACGAGUGCGCCUCAUUUCGAUAAGGAAGCUCCGACAGAAGACGGCGAGGGAGAGAUCAAGCAGAAUGCGGCUAUUGGAGACGCCAGCGCACAGCCUCCGAUCGACAUACCAAUUGCAGAGUCUUCAACGAAAGCCGAUGAAGAGCCAGCACCGAACACUGGCGAAGCGUCGCAACCAACGCAACCUCCCAAAGACGACCCUGAAUUCCUAGCAGCAGCAGCGGCACAGAAAGAGACCGAAAAGGCCGAGUGGCAAUUCGACUCCUCCGACGGCGAGUCCUCAGACUCGGACAGCUCCUCCGACGAUUCAUCCGACGAUUCCGAUGAGGGCAGCGAAGAUGGGUAUGAAAUGCUCGAUGCUGCCACCGCCGCCAAGAUCCUCAUGGCAGGUGAGGGAGAUGAUGAAGAUGGGGGAAGAGGAAAAGGCGCCUCUGGAGACCAUCAACCACGGACAACAAACGAGGUCAAGGAAGAGACGGUUCAGAAACCCGACGUGGUUGUGACAGAAGACAUGAAAAUCACAUCGCUCGGCAAGAUAGACAGCAUUGUGGACAAGAUGAUCCUCGUCAAAGCAGUCACCACCGGCGAAUAUCAAGUGCUCGAGUACGGCUCGGUGCUCUGUCUGGCCGACCGGAAAGUCAUUGGCGCCGUAGCCGACACCAUCGGACGAGUCCAAGAACCAAUGUACAGUGUUGCAUUUGCCAACCAGCAGGAAAUCGAGGAUGCAGCACUCCAGCUCGGCACGGAGGUCUUCUAUGUCGACAGCCACAGCUCAUUCGUCUUCACACAACCAUUGAAGAACUUAAAAGGCACCGAUGCGAGCAAUAUCCACGAUGAAGAGGUUGGUGAGGAUGAUCUUGAAUUUUCAGACGAUGAGAAAGAGGCCGAGUACAAGAGAAUGAAGAAGUAUGCGAAGAAGGAAGGAAGAGAUGUGAUGAGCAGAGGCGCAUUCAACGAGGCGAGAGCACACCAAGGCUCCAGCUUUGGCGCGCCCGGACACGACAGCGGGUACACAUAUGUCAGAACUGGCGACGCGCCGACACAGCAGUACGGCGGCGAUAUCAACUACGAUGACGAAGAUGUGAAGGACGGUCAUGAAAUCAGAGAGGAAUUUUACAGCCCGCUCAAGCGGCCUGACAAUUUGAGCCAACUUAUGGCUGCCGGUGGACCCCCGAGACCGCCUCUGCGCAACUUUGAGCGUGGCCGUGGGAGGGGAAGAGGCGAUAGAGGGCGUGGGGAUCGAGGACGUGGUCGAGGCGAUCGUGGUCGGGGUAGAGGCGGCUUCGAUCAGCGGGGCGGUCGAGGCGGUUACGGUCAGGACCGCGGUGGCUUUGGCCAGGACCGUGGUGGCCCAGCCCAGCAAAGCAAUCAUCGAGGCCCUGCUCACAGCUUUCCGGAUCGACACAACGAGCAUCGCCAGGAUCGUGGUCAACAUCAUUCAUCACCGCCUCAGCAGCAACGCCCAGCCUCGCGUCCUCCUCACCCGACCCAGCAAGCGCCCAGCCCGCAAACCUACCAAUUCAACGGCUACAACUUCCAAUACGGCAUCCCACCUGCUCAGCCGCCAGUAGCUCAAGCAGCCUUCUACAAUGCGCAGAUGCCCCCUACCGGCUCGUACGUCAAUCCUGCUUUCUUCCAAGGACAGCAGAUGCAGUGGUCCGGGCAGCCCCAGCAAUCACCGCAGGCACAACAGCGGCAGCCUCCCAAUUACGCUUCUUGGCCACAGCACCCGCAAAUGCCAGGACCGCCGAAUGCUCAACACCCCUCGCAGGCUGCUGCAUACGGAGCUCCGUCAGGCUCUCCGGCACUCCCCAACCUGGCGGAUAUUUUCAAACAACUGGGCGGACCGCAGCAGCCGCCACACCGGUAAAGGAUCUGCAUGCCGCGAAGGCAAACUGCGUUUUGCCACGGCACAGCACUAUUGGUGCUAACGUGCCCUCCUGCGCUCAGCUGCCGGUGCCUGCGUCUACAUAGCUGCGCUGGUUGAAGUUAUUAAGCGCUAAGUUGCUUAUCAAACGCUUCGGUUGAGCAAAACGUGCUGAUGCGCGUCAAGUCUAACCUUCAGGCUAAACUCGUUGCGGUAGUCCUCCCUCUCCCGAGCAACUGAUCGACAUCACUUUCUCACCUGUAAAUCAUCGUGUGCAGUCCCC